AUGGAACCACAGCAGAAGCAUUCAAGGAUCAAUCUUGCCGACAUGAAAGAUCAAUUAACCAGAAAGCUCGGACCUGAAAGAUCAAAACAGUAUUUUGAUUACUUGAAAAGGUUUUUGAGCUUAAAGCUGAAUAAGAUUGAGUUCGAUAAGCUUUGUUUAAGAACUAUUGGAAGAGACAACUUAUCACUUCAUAAUCAGUUAAUUCAAUCACUUUUAAAGAACGCUUCCACCAGAAAACCCCCACCUCCUCCUCCACCACCACCACCGAAGGUUCACCAUGAAAAUGGAUCAGUUACAGUUACAGCUCCACUUGGGAUUCCAUGUGGGGCCCGAAAGGUGUCAUCCAAUAAUCGAAAGUAUGUAACUGUUUUUGACACUGGUGGAUUGAUGGAUACGAUCAGAUUAAAAGAACGUAUGGAUCAAAUUACAGCAGCACAAGGUCUUCAAGGAGUAUCAAUGGAUUGUGCUAGUGUACUGAAUAAAGGAUUAGACGCUUAUUUGAAGGGGUUGAUAGGGUGUUUUGGUAAUUUCAGGACACCAGUCAAACAACAUUUUGGAAGUUUGGGGAGAAGUGAAGAACACGAAGAGAAACAAAGGAUUUGUUUGUUAGAUUUUAGAGUUGCAAUGGAAGUUAGCCCUCGACAGCUAGGGGAAGAUUGGCCCUUUCUGCUCGAAAAGAUUUGUAAUUGUACUUGUACACAUGCUUUUCAGGAAUAA